UUUAAAACAUGCAUUGUCCAAUUGUAUAAUGUAGCUAACUUUACACAUACGCCGAUGACUCUUCCGCCGCCGAGACCUUCAUUCGCCGUCUCCGCCGCAAAUACAAUUCUAGAGAAACUCUCAUUCUGCAAAUCACUCAACCACAUCAAGCAACUCCAUGCUCACAUCCUUCGUACAGUGAUCAACCACAAACUCAACUCCUUUCUCUUUAAUCUCUCCUUCUCUUCUUCCUCUAUCAAUCUCAGCUACGCUCUCAAUCUCUUCUCAUCUAUUAGCCCUCUACCGGAAUCCAUUGUCUUCAAUUCUCUUCUCCGGGAUCUCUCUCGUUCCGGUGAACCUAGAGCAACGAUUCUGUUCUAUCAGAGGAUUAGACAUGUUGGUGGUCGUUUUGAUCGAAUCAGUUUCCCUCCGAUUCUUAAAGCGGUUUCGAAAGUCUCGGCCUUGUUCGAGGGAAUGGAGCUUCACGGCUUUGCGUUCAAGAUUGCGACUUUGUCUGACCCUUUUGUUGAGACUGGUCUUAUGGAUAUGUAUGCGGCUUGUGGUAGAAUUAAUUACGCACGCAAUGUGUUCGACGAAAUGUCGCAAAGAGAUGUUGUUACGUGGAAUACUAUGAUUGAGAGGUAUUGCCGAUUCGGUCUUUUAGAUGAAGCAUUUAAGCUUUUUGAGGAGAUGAAGGAUUCUAAUGUGAUGCCAGAUGAGAUGAUUCUAUGUAACAUUGUCUCUGCAUGUGGUCGUACUGGAAAUAUGAGAUAUAACAGAGCGAUUUACGAUUUUUUGAUAGAGAAUGAUGUUAGGAUGGAUACUCAUUUGUUGACUGCUCUUGUUACUAUGUAUGCUGGAGCUGGCUGUAUGGAUAUGGCAAUGGAGUUUUUUAGGAAGAUGUCAGUGAGAAAUUUGUUUGUUUCGACUGCCAUGGUUUCUGGGUAUUCAAAAGCUGGGAGACUCGAUGAUGCUCGGGUUAUAUUUGACCAAACGGAAAUGAAAGAUUUGGUCUGUUGGACCACAAUGAUUUCGGCUUAUGCUGAAAGUGAUCAUCCUCAAGAAGCUUUGAGAGUUUUUGAGGAAAUGUGUUGCUCUGGGAUCAAACCUGAUGUGGUUACCAUGUUGAGUGUUAUAUCAGCUUGUGUGAACCUUGGUACUCUGGAUAAAGCGAAAUGGGUUCACCGUUACACUCAUCUUAACGGGUUGGAGUCAGUGUUGCCAAUAGAUAAUGCCCUCAUUAACAUGUAUGCGAAAUGUGGAGGUUUGGAUGCAGCAAGAGACGUGUUUGAGAAGAUGCCAACGAGGAAUGUAGUAUCGUGGAGCUCUAUGAUCAAUGCCUUUGCUAUGCAUGGGGAAGCCAGUGAUUCGCUUAGCUUAUUCGCCCAAAUGAAACAGGAGAAUGUCGAGCCCAAUGAAGUUACUUUUGUGGGAGUGCUCUAUGGUUGUAGCCACUCAGGACUAGUUGAAGAAGGUAAAAAGAUCUUUGCAUCAAUGACUGAUGAAUACAACAUUACUCCAAAAAUUGAGCAUUAUGGAUGCAUGGUGGAUCUCUUUGGCCGAGCUAAUCUCUUACGAGAAGCUCUUGAGGUUAUUGAAUCAAUGCCAAUGGCGCCUAAUGUAGUCAUAUGGGGAUCACUGAUGUCAGCUUGUAGGGUCCACGGUGAGCUUGAGUUAGGCGAAUUAGCAGCCAAACGUAUCCUCAAACUGGAGCCUGAUCAUGACGGGGCUCUUGUGUUGAUGUCCAAUAUAUAUGCUAGAGAAUAUAGAUGGGACUACGUAAGGAUCAUAAGAUGGAUAAUGGAGAAAAAGAAGGUGUUCAAGGAGAAAGGUCUUAGCCGAAUUGACCUAAACGGGAAAUCGCACGAGUUUCUCAUUGGUGACAAGAGGCAUAAGCAAUCAAAUGAGAUUUAUACGAAGCUAUACGAGGUUGUAAGUAAACUGAAGCUAGCCGGUUACGUUCCAGAUGGUGGUAGCGUUUUGGUGGAUGUAGAGGAGGAAGAAAAGAAGGAUCUGGUUCUAUGGCAUAGCGAAAAGCUUGCGCUCUGCUUCGGUCUGAUGAAUAAGGAAAAAGAAGAAGAGAAAGGCUCGUGCGGUGUUAUUAGAAUAGUGAAGAAUCUGAGGGUGUGUGAGGAUUGUCACGCGUUCUUCAAGCUGGUCUCUAAAGUGUAUGAACUGGAGAUCAUAGUGAGAGAUCGAACUAGGUUUCACCGUUAUAAAGACGGUCUGUGUUCUUGCAGAGAUUACUGGUGAGUAUAUUAUAUAGAAACAAUUUACGGUUCCAACCAA